CUCUCUCCCCUUCCCCUCAUCUCCGAUAGUACACUUCGAGAUCUGGUCUCAAGACACGAGCAGCUUGAGCGUUUUGCUCUUCGUAUCCCAGAAAAAGAAAUAUGGAUACGUUCGAUACCAACGAUAUGAGCAACGCGCUCAACGAUGUUUCGAACCGCAAAGCAAACAUGAACGCAGAAGCUGCUGCUGUAGCCCGUGAAAAAGGAUGGGUUGAGCCUCAGGGGUAUGACUACGCGAAGUAUAACACUUCCGCCCCGCAGCAGAAGGCUCCUGAUGCCACUGAGGCCACUGAUGCCCCUAACGUCGAAGAACCGGAGUGGGCUGCGAAUGCUGCCAAGUAUGAAUGGAGUGAGGAAUUCGGUGAUGUCGGACCUCCUAACCCAGAACUCGAGAAGAUGCUAUUCCACAGCGAGUUCAUCAACCGCGCUGGCCAUAGAUUCGAGAGCCUACGUGAGAUCAAAGUUACCGCCGAGAGUAGAGAGCAGCCGAAGCCCGUCAAGAGCUUCACCGACGCGGGAUUGCAUCCGAUCAUGUUACAAAACAUCGUCCUCUGUGGUUAUAGGACCCCUACGCCCAUCCAGGCCUAUUCGAUUCCAGCUGUCCUCACUGGUCACGACCUCAUUGCCGUCGCUCAGACCGGAUCUGGUAAAACAGCAGCUUUUCUGAUCCCGGUUUUGUCCAAGCUUAUGGGAAAAGCCAAAAAGCUAGCGGCCCCUCGUCCCAAUGUUGCAAACGGGUUCAAUCCGCACGUUGACGCGGUCUGCGCCGAACCACUGGUCUUGAUUGUUGCCCCGACCAGGGAGCUGUCGACCCAGAUAUUCGACGAGGCACGUCGCCUCUGUUAUCGUUCCAUGCUGCGUCCUUGCGUUGUUUACGGUGGCGCACCUGUCCGUGAGCAGAGAGAAGAGCUUCAGAAAGGAUGCGAUGUCUUGAUCGGAACCCCUGGACGCCUCUUGGACUUCAUGGAUAAGCCGCACAUCUUGUCUCUUCGGCGUGUCAAAUACACGAUCAUCGACGAAGCUGAUGAGCUUCUGCAGUCCGACUGGGAAACCGAGUUUACGAAGAUCAUGUCCGGUGGUGAUACCAACGAGGAUGCAGACCAUCGCUAUCUCAUGUUUUCCGCUACGUUCAAUAAGGCGUGCCGUGAGCUUGCUCGGAACUACCUUGCCGAUGACCAUGUCCGUAUCCGCAUUGGUCGUGCGGGAAGCGCACACCUGAAUGUCGAGCAGCAGAUUAUUUACUCCGAGGAGAACAAGAAGAAGCAAUGCCUCUAUGAUCUGCUCAUUUCCAUGCCGCCAUCUCGCACUUUGGUCUUUGUCAACAACAAGACCCAAGCCGACUUUCUGGACGACUACCUAUUCAACAUGGGUCUUCCCAGUACGUCGAUCCACUCUGACCGCACUCAGCGCGAGCGUGAAGAUGCCCUUCGCGCCUUCAAAACCGCUAAGUCGCCCAUCCUGGUGGCCACUGGCGUCUCUGCUCGCGGUCUUGACAUCAAAAACGUCAUGCAUGUCAUUAAUUUCGAUCUUCCCAGCCGCAAUUACGGUGGCAUUGACGAGUACAUCCAUCGUAUUGGACGUACUGCCCGUAUCGGAAACGAGGGCCUUGCUACUUCGUUCUACAACCACGACAAGGAUUCCGACAUCGCUCCGGACCUUGUCAAAAUUCUUAUCGAAUGUAAACAACCCAUUCCUGAAUUCUUGGAAGAUGCCAAGCCUGCGGAUGGUGUUGUCACUUUCGACGACGACACUGAUAAUGAAGGAGAAAACGAGGAGAAUGACCAUGCUGAAGGGCCAUCUAAUUCUUUCAGCGGAGCGGCCAACAACGAUGGUCCUGAAUCCGCUGCUCCCGUUGCUGACAUCUCUGAGGGCAAUGCCUCUGGCGGAUGGAAUGCUGGUUCGGCGGCUUGGUAAUUCAAGGUUAGGGAAGCAUCUCUGGCCCGGAAGUUGCAGAGCAAAUUCACAGUGAAAGAACUUUUCGAGGAUGCAACUUACGAUGGGUACAUGAGCAGGGUGU